AAUGGUCAAGAAGGACGUAGGGCAGACCCUCUAAACUUGACGAACUGCUUACCGAUUUAUCCCUUGUUACUCCUUUCAGGUUGGUUAGCAAAAAGAGGUGAAGAUGUCGGAUGCUGAUGAAAUCGAGCGUGGCCCGGCCGCUACGCCAGAGGAUUUCGUCAAGACACUCGAGAAAAGGGAGUUGGCACGACUUCAAGUGCCGAAAGUUAACAUCUUCCAUUUUAAUGGGGACAGAGUAUCCGAGUGGAUGGAGCUGCUGGAGCAGGUUACGGCCGAGGUGCCUGAGGCAGAUAAAUUCAAGUUCCUACCCAGGUACGUCUGGUGGGAAACUCGACCCGAAGUAAUGAAGGUGGUUGCUGGAGCAGGAGGAGACUGGGCUAAGUUCAAGGCAGAAAUGCAGAGGCGGUUCAAGUUAGGGGAUGGCUUGUUAACGAAGACAGAUUUGGAGAUGUUACAACGGGACGAGUUCUCCACGGUGGGAGCUUUCGCAACGGCAUUUGAAAAGAUGGCCAAGAAAGUCCCCGGAUUGGCGGAAGAAGAACAAUGUGCCACUUUCCUGGGGCACUUCAAGAAUUGGGAGGCCUCGUCGCUAACCAAGAAGGCUGCGCCAGGAAAGAAGCUCACUUGGGCCGCCAUAAAGGAGGGCGUAAUAGAAGGAGAGCUGGACCAAGUAGACAUCUUCCAAAUGCGACAGGCUAGGAAGAAAAGAAAGGCCUUGGACACCACGACGAGCGGCGGGCGAGACUUUAAGAAACUGAUAGAAGAUGCAGUGGCCCAGCUCGGUGCAGAGAAGGAGGCAAAAAGAAAAACUAUGGCGCCACCACAGACCCAAUGUAAAGCAAAAAAAACGGUGGUGCAGGAGGAAGAAGAAGAGGCAGAGCAAGAGGAGCCGGAGCCACAAAAGUUGACAAAGGCUCAAAGGAGAGCAAGAAAUCUGGCUCAAGGGGGGCAAGGCUCAGGGAAGGGCCAGGUCCCACAAGCGGUAGCCAUGCCGCCCCCUGAGUCACCUAGUCAGGCUGCACCAGCACGCUCUGGGCCAUGGCCAGGUUGCGGACCCUCAAGUCAUUGGCAUGGGCACUAUUCAUACGCCCCAUGGCCAAUGAGUGGGCCGCAUGGGUCAUGUGCCGGACCACCGAUAAGCACAGCUUCCUGCGGCUGCCCGGGACCCCAAGCUCAGCAGGUGAGCCUCCCAAACCCACCGCCUAACCAACCUCAGCAGUCAGCCCCACAAGGAUCGCAAGCCAACCGAGGUGGUGGACGUGGUCAGAAUCAAGGAUGGGGUCGAGGGCGAGGGAAUGGUGGCCGAGGAGGAAACGUCAAGGGUAAUGGUGGUGGUAACGCUGCGGGCCGGGGAAACGAGGGUUGGACGACAUCCAGGAGUCAAGGCGGUCAAGAGGGUGGAGGAGGUGCUGGCAGAGGGAGAGUAGACUGGAGAAAUGCCAUUUGCUGGCAUUGUGGGCAGAAAGGCCACACUAUUAAGUUCUGCCACGUCAGGAGGAACGACGAGGACGAAGGUUUAAUUAGCACCAACUAUGAUGGAGACAUGUACGACAAGUGGGGGUACCACCUUGACCCGAAGAUUCUAGGCGGUACGAGAAAGGAAGCCCUGCGGAAGGCUGAGGCCGGUGAGCCACCCGCACCCCCAGCCAUGUUUCGAAUAUGGCAGGAGAAAGAGGUUUGUAGUGACGUCAGGGUGGAGGAGGUAGGAGACAACGCAGAGGUGGAGCAAGAAAGAAAGGCCGGCACUACUAAGGCAGAACCGAUCAUAGUAGAGUCCGACGAUGAGAUUGAGGAAGAUUGCUGGAACAAGCCGCUGCGUGCUGAGACAGGGGAAGAUUGUUGGAGGACGGCCCGACAGACGAUGGAAAGAAUGGAAGACUUAAUAGCUAAAGUCGGGAGGUACCAACAGAAGCUGGCCGAUAUGCGUGAUGAGGUCAGGGAAUGGAAAGGUAAGGAGCCAUUGGUAUAUCUCUACGAUCUUGGUCCAGGGUUGCAGGGAGGAUCUGGCAACAUACCAAAUGUCACGACUUCGGUCCCGACGCCAAGGUCCGGGAUGACUUAUAGGUCACCCUCCAGGACGGGGAGGGCGCCACAUGCGGUCAGGACGAGGGCUAAAGGGCCGGUGAGUCCCGGAGAAUUGGCCAAGGAUGUUCCUGAACCAAGUGGAGAGAAAGAGGUAGUGGACGUUCCAGAAGAAGAGGAUGACGAAGAUGAUAGGUUAAGGAAGGAAGAGGAUGAGAAGGCUGAACAGCGAGCCAAAAAGAGAGGUGCCAAGUCGGACACAGACAAGGCACAGGAAGUAAAGAAGAAAAGGUAUGCGGUCCGCGUAGAGGAAGGGUUCGACGUAGAAGAGAUAAUGGACAGGAUUCUCGAAGGUUUUCACGGCCAGAUCAUCAAUGUAGGGCUGCGUGAUGUGAGGACUUAUGGGCUGCAUCGCCCUCACCAUGUGCCGCUGAACCAUAGCGACCGCAUUCGUCCACCCCUGCGGUGCGACGUUCAUGUGGAUUAGCCCUCGAGGGGUAUGCAUGGUUGUCAUAGGCCGGUCCAACGGGUAUACAGGGAACUGAUCGUAGCCUGAAUACAAGUCAAUGAGGGAUAUGAUGACCCUCCCAGCGCAUGCCUCCGAAAGCGCAUCAGCGUUGGGGAGACCACCUGCGUCCCUCACCGUCACAGCAUUCAGGCGCUGUAAAUCCUGUACCCACCUCAGUGUCCCAUUGGGUUUGACAAAACAAAACCAUGGGGACGCA